AUGAAUUGUCCAUCAGGGUCACUUCAGCAGAUGAAAAUUUGGCAACAAUGCGGCUGGAUUGAAUUGCAAGACCUUAUGUUGCAGUUACACGGAGUGGAAAAGCAGCACACUUGCAAACAUGCAACUGCACCGGAUCAAAUUUGGUUGUCCCCUGAGUUGGCGUCUUUGGUUUGUAAUGUUUCUUUGUGGGCCAUUUUUCCCGAUCAUCAAGCGGUUUUGGCAGGCAUUCGACUUCCACAGGUUAGGUUGUCAGAGUUCCAAUGGCGACUUCCUGGCCACGUUCCUUGGGAUAAGGUUGACUUUGACCGUUGGAUCACUUCUCCUGAUUUGGGUCCUCUCUUCGGUGCAAACCCGGCACAUGUGGGUCGUGUCGGAUUGUCCAAUGUUCAUGACGGACAGUCGUCCAGGUCUAGUCAAUCCACCACCUUGGACUUUCAUAGGUGGAGUCAAGCCUUUGAGAAGCAAGUCACACAGUGCCUCCCUUACGCUGUGGGGCGGGCAGAUCGGAGUUUUCAUGGCCGCGGUAAACUGACCAAACCAGCCAUACGGCAAAUCAAUGCACCCAUCCCCAAGCACCACCGACCCGGUGAGUUGGCUCAAGCUUCCGGUUUUCUCAAUCGAGCUGUUGCAGCAUGGUACAAGCAGCUUCGACGGCUCCAAUCCUUUUGCCAUGCUGCCAAGUCCUGGCGUGCCAGCGAGACCUAUGAGUCCAGAAUGGCCUUGUGGAAUAGCAUUCUUGUGGCUUCAGGUUUUGCAGGAGGUUUCCAAAAGUGGUGGCAAACUCGACCUUACCCUCACCAAGGUUCUCCUAGCGUUUUGCCCCCUUUGCCACCUGACCAGUUUGUGGCUCAGCUCAUUUUUGAUGAUUUUGCCCAAAACUACCGACGUUUUGAGCAUUGGCAGAUGAAUAGGAGGAAAGAAAGCUGUCACUCCAAGCUUCUUGCACAGACCAAAACUCUUUUUACCCAUGUGCGCAAGCCACCAAAGCCUCCUUUGGAUUUUCUGAUAGAUUCACAUGAGCAGCAGCUCACAGUGGUCAGUACGGUUGAUAACAUCGUCCAAGUGCCUGUGCCUUUUCCAAAGGACACCACUGCCCAUUGGACUUUGCAGGGCAUGCCCGCCAGGGUGAAAGAAGUGCCACAAGGGUAUCAAGUGGAUUCCGACUUUGCACUUGCAACAGGCCAGACUUUAACUUGUCAUCAGAUGGUAACGAGCACCGAGGUAAUCCAUGACCGUUUGCACAGUUUGUGGUCACCCAGGUGGAACAAGCAUGCGGAUGUCCCCAGCCACUUUUGGGAUCAAGUUUGUCAGCAUGCGGCCAACACUCUACCACAAGGGCAAAUCAUUCUGCCACCCAUUACUGUUCAAGAUUUCCGCACUGCCGCCAAGGGCUUCAAGCCAACUGCUGCGACAGGGCCUUGCGGAUGGACCAGGGCCGAUAUUAACCAUUUGACAGAUUCGCAGAUCACUGCAAUUCUUGAUGGUUUCCAUGCCAUUGAGCAUGGCCAGGCUUGGCCAAAACAGUGGUGUGUUGGACUUAUCCAUUGCCUGCAGAAACGCGAUACAAGUACUGCAGUUGAAGGUUACAGGCCCAUAACAGUCAUGAGUCUUUUCUACCGGUUGCUCACUGGAAUUCGAGCUGGGCAAAUCCUUGCUCAACUCUCCUGCCAGGCUGCCAGUAUGCAAUGUGGCUUCAUGCAAGGCAAAGAAGCGGCAGAUGUUUGGUAUUUCGUUGGCGUUUGUCUUGAGCUUGCUACCCAUCAGUCAGUUCCUGUGCAUGGUCUUGUGGCAGAUUUGGUAAAAGCCUACAAUACUUUACCUCGUAAGCCAGUCUUUUUCUGCCUUGAGCGUUUGGGUGUGCCUGUUUGGUUCCUUCAAGCGUGGCAGGCUCACCUUGAUCAGUUUGAACGGUUUUUCGUUGUCAGGAGGUGUACAAGUGACCCAAUCCUGUCCGUGACAGGUUUUCCUGAGGGAUGCCCUUUGGCCUGCGCAGCCAUGACUGCUUUGGACUUUUUCUGGCAUUGGUCCAUAAGUUCCAGCGUUCCCCGAGUUUUGCCUAUCAGCUUCGUUGAUAACUUGGAAUUGCUUUGCGACACUUUGCCUGACCUGUUUGCUGCUGCCUCUGCUCAAGAGCAUCUCUGUCAAGCCCUGGACUUAGAAAUUGACAAGCCUCGACUUUAUGCUUGGUCUUCCGUUCCAGCCGGUCGUCAUGAGCUUAAGACUAGGGGGUAUAAUGUAAGUUUAGGGGACCGAGAUUUGGGGUGCCAGGUAAUCUACAGCCGACAGCUUCGCAACAAAGUUUUGACUGACCGCAUCGUUGGAACACUGCCUUACUUUGGACAACUGAGAAAAGCUGCACUCCCAGUUGCGGUGAAAAUCCUGAACAUCAAGCAGGUUCUUUGGCCUCGUGCAAUGCAUGGCAUCGAAGCUGCUAGUUUAGGAAAGGGACACCUUCAAAAGUUGCGUUCCGGAGUGAUGCGAGCACUGAAGUGGGAUCGAGCGGGUGCUUCACCCUUGAUCAGGCUUGGUUUGCUGCAGCUUGAUCUUGACCCAGGUUGGCAGCAGCUCUGGAGGGUAGUACGAAAAUUCCGGCAGCAAUGUGCGCGGAACCCAGCAAUCAGGGAGUGGUGGAGAGACUACUGCAACCAGUUGCAGGACACAUCCACCCACGGGCCUUUUGGGAAACUUCAAGAUGAAAUCAAUCAGCUCAGCUUGACUUUGGAUUCAGAGGGCAAACUUUGGUUUUCUGAGAAUGGUUUCGUAGACAUUUUUUGGAGUACCGAAUCUCUGGUCAAACAAGUUUUGCGAUUUCACUUUGUCAACUGCAUCACUUAUCAUGUGCGCCAUCGACAGGGCUACACGGAUCUUGAUGGUUUUGAUUUUUCACUUACCACGUGUCAGGAUCGAAGGCAUACCCCUUCUGAAGUCGAACAACUCAUGAUCAUUAGGGAUGGAGCUUUCUUUACCAAUCAUGCCAUCAGUCAUUUUGACGCGCGGAAAUCUGCUGAGUGUCGUAGCUGCCAUGUGCCGGACACAAAAGAGCAUCGCUACACCAGUUGUAGCUCUUACGAUGACUUGAGGUCCAAGCACCAAGCACUUUUUAGUAUGUGGGAGGAUUUGCCCGAGAGUUUUCGACUGGCGGGGCUUGUGCCACACAACCCUUGGCGCCUUUUGACAUGGGAAGCAUUGGCAGCAUUGCCAGAUCGUACACGGGAGUUUCAUUUUCCACCUACUGGCAAGACAUGGCAUGUGUUCACAGAUGGCACCUGUGACAAUCCUGAAUGUCAGGAGGAAGCUCUGGCGGCAUGGGCAGUUGUCGUGGCGGAAAAGGGACCAGUGAGCGCAGGGCCUCUUGUUGGCCCACAACAGACCAUUUACCGAGCGGAAGUCACUGCAGUGCUGAGCGCCCUUCUCUGGGCCGCAGAUCAUGUUGGAGAUCUCCACAUAUGGUGUGACAAUCAAUCAACAGUGGAUAAUCUACGGCAGUUACUGCAUGGCACUGGCAACUGUGAAGACUAUGAACAUGUUGACCUUUGGCGCAAGAUUGACAAACUUAUCAAGCUAUCUUUGGCGACAGUGUAUGUCCACAAAGUCGCCAGCCACACAGAUGAAGCAAGUUGUACAGACCCUCUUGAGGACUUUGCACGUCGAUGGAACGCUUUAGCUGACCACCAGGCCUUUUUGGCCAAUCGUAGCAGACCCAUGUUUUUUCACAGUUUGUGGCAACGUUUUGUUGGCUUUCGUAAGCUUUGGAGAGAGCGAGUUGAGUUGCUUGUUGCUUUUCAUUUGCAAAUUGCUGCCCGCGACUGUGAAUCAACCUCAAUUUCCGACAAUGAGGACCAUGGGGAGGAAGACUGUGCCGAGCGUACAGAGGCCAUCUUUCUUGUGUUGGCAUUUUUGUUCCACAGCAAUGCAUACAAUUCGGUUUGCUUCAUGAAACGAGUGAAGCGGCAUUGCUGA